AGCUUUUAUGAACAGACUAAUAUCGAUGGUGACAGGAAUGGGUCGGCCGUCGCAUUUGCCUCGUAGACAGCCGUUUAACCUCAGCUGGCUGGCGGAGUCUCCUGAGAAGCUGCGCAAUUUGAUAGGUGUGUUGCAUCGGAGGAAAGGAGAACUGCGUCGCUUGACGGAGAACGAGGGAGUUUAUAAAGAAGUAUAUGCUAGCAUGGACGUCAUGAUGGCCGAGGACUUUGGCAUUGAUGUUGGUGAAGAUAUCCCGGAAUGGGCUCGUGAUGGUGAUAUAUUUUAUCAGUCGAUCAUAGACAUACCGGACUUUUGUCUCUGUGCGUUUAUGCUCAUGCCGAAGGCAACUCUGCCCUAUCAUGAUCACCCGCAUCAACAUGUGGUCAGUCGGGUGGUGUCGGGCACACUCACGGCGGAUGUUUUCAAUCCGAUCGCACCAUACCGGUCCCUAGUUGGACAGGUAUUUGCAGUGAAACCGGUAGUUGAGCUCAAUGGAGAGCAUAAACAGGGCACCACUAUGUUCCUUAAUCCUGCAUAUGCCAAUAUACACAGUUUUGUUAACUUGACCAACGAGCCCUGUGUAUUCGUGGAUUUGAUAAUGCCUCCAUACGGCAAUAACGUGUCUACUCCAGCAGAACCCUUCAUAUCUUACUUCGAGAGACGCUCUAUGAGUGAUGAUGGUGAACAAGAGUUGGUCGUGAUUGACGAACCCGAGGAUUUCGCGACGGUGAAUAUUCCAUCGAGGCUUCACGUUACCUGCUCAUAAUGUUACUGUAUAUGCUGUGAUAAUUAUUGCUACUAAAAUCGACUUGUUUCUUCC